UUUUCCUCCACUUUCUUUUCUCUUGGUACUGUAUUUCAUCUGUGGGAGAUUCUCAAGUUCAAUAAUAUCUCUGGUCAAUAGAUGCUGAACGGUCAGACUCAAGCUGUCUUCUCAACCUGACCCAAAAUGACGUAGAUCGUCCAAGUGAUCGAUUCAAAACUACCCAGAUGUUGUCGGCGAUCUUGCGACCGCGAUGCGCCCGGCUCCCCCGGUCUCCGCCGCGGUGGUCGCGGAACUUUUCCUUAUCGCCCUCUCGCUAUGAGAUUCGCAGCGUGGAAUCGCUCCCCGACCGGCUUAUCCCCAAAUAUGAAGAAAUGCAAUCGGGCGAUCUGCUCUCCUUACGGUGGCCGGCACCACCGCGGAAUAUCUUCGUCGUCAAGAAGGAUUGCGCCCCCGAGGUGACCGCCUCGUUAGUGGAGUUGGCAAACUAUGCGACGUCCACCUAUCCCUCGAUCUCCAUCAUUCUAGAACCCCAUACCGCCAACGAGGUCCACGCCGAUCUGCAGGCACCGGUCUAUUCGGCGCCCCAAGACCAAUUACCCCCCGCGUUGCACAACAAGGCCGACCUCACCGUGACGCUCGGAGGAGACGGAACGAUCCUGCAUGCCUCGUCCUUGUUUGCGACCUGUUUCAACGUGCCCCCCGUCCUGUCCUUCAGCAUGGGUACGCUGGGAUUCUUGAGCGAGUGGAAGUUCGCCGAAUACAAACGCGCUUUGCGCGAAGUGUACAUGUCUGGGGCCGGGGUCGGCGAUCGCGCGUCAGUGCUAGACCCGCAGCCGGCGGCAGCAGGGGAUCCACUGGAGCUCGGGUCCGACACCACCGGAUGGUCGUCGAUCCGGGGCAAGUCCAUGGGAGUGAGCCGAGGGGCGCGGAUUCUCAUGCGCAACCGUUUAAAGGUCGGACUGUUCACCCCGGACGGCCAGCCCGUGCAACAGGACGAGCACUCGGUUCCCAUGCGCGGGACCUUGGGCCCGGAGGGGGUCUACGUGAUGAACGAGCUGCUCCUGCAUCGCGGCAAGGAGCCCCAUUUGGCCGUGGUGGACGUCUACGUCGGCGGCCGGUUCCUCACCGAGGCGGUGGCUGACGGGAUCAUCAUCUCCACCCCGACGGGCAGUACGGCCUACAGCCUGAGCAGCGGGGGCAGCAUCGUGCAUCCCCUGGUGCCCUCCGUCCUCCUCACCCCCAUCUGCGCCCGGAGCCUCAGUUUCCGACCACUGGUGCUCCCCGCCAGCACGCCCAUCACGCUGCGACUGAGCGAGAAGAACCGCGGCCGGGAACUGGAGGUCAGCAUCGACGGGGUCAACAUCGGCCGUGGGAUGGCCGUCGGCAUGGAGGCCCGGGUGUGGAAUGAGGAGAUGCGCCACGGGAAGAACGAAUGGCAGGGAGGUGUGCCCUGUGUGAUGCGUAGGAUCACCGGGGGCGAGGCGCACGACGGUUGGGUGGGAGGACUCAACGGACUCCUCAAGUUCAACCAUCCAUUUGGUGAAGAGCGUUGAUUGUAUACCAGACAUGCAUGGGUUAUCGUGUGGCCUGUAGUCUGACACAAAGCCAUACACGUAUAUUCCACUAGGCUGAUUUCAAGCCUAACAAGAAAUGUAUAUGAAAAUAGCGCCUAUAGCUAGCUAUCCAGUAUUAAGAAUUGACUUCUUG